CGGCGGCCCCGCGGCGGCGCCGAGACCGCGGCUGGCGGAUGGUUUGUGGGUGAUACACUGCAAGUGUCCCAAGUUUCUCCUACAAGAUGUGUUCCACAAAUCCAGCAAAUUGGGUCACCUUCGAUGAUGAGCCACUCUUCCAGUCACCUCAGAAACCGGUUGAUAAUCAGAGUAGUUGUAAAGCAAAUGGCCUUAAACUCAAUCUGUCUGGUGUGCAUGAGACUUCAAGUAGGUCAUCUUCUACAGGCAGCACUCCACUCUCAUCUCCUGUAGUUGACUUCUACCUAAGUCCUGGACCCCCCAGCAACUCUCCACUUACUACACCUACCAGAGACUACCCAGGAAGCCCAUGGAUCCCAAAGCCUGGGAUGCACAUCCUUUACCCCAUCCCUGAAUGGCCAUCAAACAUUAACCUUUUUCCCUCCCCCAGCAUUUGCUCAUCCCUAACCUCAGAGAAACCGAGCAGCCUUCCUUUGAACACCUCGCCUAGCGACCAUGCAGUUAAGACUUCAGCCUCCAAAUCAACAGAUGAAGGAAGCCCUAAUCUGCCAGGAAGCUGCGAGGAGAUAGGGGAGUUGUCAUCGGCACCAGGGUGCUUCCCAUACUUCCAGAGCGACUGUGCUUUUUCCAGUCCUUUUUGGAAGGAAGGAUGCUCACUCAGCACGUCACCAGCUAAUGUUAGCACACACAGGAAGGACAAAGCACUUGACAGGAGCGUCUGCCAACCUAAAGACAAAGAAACUUGCCACAAUCAGAAAAGCCUUAACCAGGGCUCCUUCAGCUACAUCUGCGAGAGGCUUGAACACCUGCAAGCUGAUAGCUGCGACGCCGCGGGAAGCUCGCCUGUCUCCAGCCCUCAUCCGUGGCACGAGCUCUCCCCCGCCGUCCCACGCAGCCUCUUCAGGAGCCGGAAAGCAGACGGGUGGCCAUUCAUGCUGAGGAUUCCAGAGAAGAAGAACAUGAUGUCGUCUCGGCAGUGGGGCCCCAUUUACCUUAGCGUCCUAGCCGGAGGCGUACUGCAGAUGUAUUAUGAAAAGGGCCUGGAGAAACCUUUCAAGGAGUUCCAGCUGCAGCCACACUGUAAGCUGUCUGAACCCAAAUUAGAGAGCUAUAAUGUCUCGGGAAAAAUACACACCGUGAAGAUCGAGUGUGUGUCUUACACAGAGAAAAGGAGGUAUCAUCCCAAAGUAGAAGUGAUUCAUGAGCCAGAGGUGGAGCAGAUGUUAAAGCUAGGCACCACAGAUUAUAAUGACUUCACUGAUUUCCUCGUAACAGUUGAGGAAGAGCUUAUGAAACUUCCUACCAUUUCCAGACAAAAGAGGAGUUAUGAAGAGCAAGAAAUUUCCCUGGAAAUAGUCGAUAACUUCUGGGGGAAAGUCACUAAGGCAGAAGGAAAACUCGUAGAAAGUGCCGUCAUCACGCACAUUUACUGCUUGUGUUUUGUGAACGGAAGUGCCGACUGCUUUCUAACCCUGAACGACCUGGAGCUCCAGAAGAGGGACGAGCGUUACUUCGAGAAGGAGGAGGAGAAGAAAUGGAUUGAUAUUCUCGACCACCGUUUCCAUAACUGUGUCAAAGCGCAGGAAUUUGAGCAAUCGCGAAUUAUUAAGUUUAUGCCCCCCGAUGCCUAUAGGCUGGAACUGAUGCGUUUCAGGACACAGUAUAAUGGGUCAGAUCUUCCCUUUUCUGUGAAGGCUACGGUAGUGGUUCAGGGGGCAUACGUUGAACUUCAGGCUUUUAUAAACAUGUCUUCAACUGCUCCGAUCCCAACGCGUUUACCCUCUGUGAAAUCCUGUGAAAAUGUUAUGAUACGCUUUCCCAUUCCCACCCAGUGGGUCAAAGCACUUUGGACCAUGAACCUCCAAAGGCAGAAGUCCCUAAAAGCAAAAAUGAAUAGGAGAGCGUGCCUUGGCGCUUUGCAUGAGGUUGAAUCUGAUCCCAUAAUACAAGUCUCGGUUGGAACAGCAAAAUACGAGAGUGCCUAUAGGGCUGUUGUGUGGAAGAUAGACAGGCUUCCAGACAAAAACUCAAGUUCAGAUCAUCCACACAGCCUGUCUUACAAACUGGAACUUGGAUCUGACCAGGAAAUACCAUCUGACUGGUAUCCAUUUGCUACUGUCCAGUUUGUCAUUCAUGAUACCUGUGCCUCAGGAACAGAAGUCAAGUCACUGGGCAUAGAGAGCGACCUGCAGCCCCAGAAACAUGUGGUUCAGAAAGCUUUUUACAAUUUCCAGGUUGAAAUUGAAAAGAAGUGGAUUAGGCUCGAUGGAGAAGAUCCAGAUAAGGCUGGCAACUGCCUAAUGCAGUAAAAGAGGACAGGAGGCACCAUCAUAGGAUAUUAGUAGAAAUCAAUUUACAUAGGAAAUUCUAUUGUUAGAAGUGCAGUGACCUAGUUUAGGAUAAACAUGGUCAUUGUAUUUCUCUUUUUUUUUAGAGCUUUUGGGUUUGAUUCUGCAAAUCAGUGCUUGUUUCACUGGGCUGCGUUCAAAUAAACUUCCUGUCAUGGGAAUACUGGUAUGAGUAAGGUCUCCUUAUAAAGAGUUGCAGGAUGUGAGCACUUAAUUGACUGAUCGUGAUAUAUUUUUUUCCUGUUGUGUAUGUGUGACUUGGGAAUGAUCUCAUACUCCAUACUGAAACUUAACGGCACUACUCAAAGAGUUCAUGUCACUUGGACAUAUAAUAUUCAGCAAGAAAAACUGCCGGAGUGCUUGUGUGCAGACCAGCAUCUGUGUAAGGUCCAGCAGGACCAAUUACAUUUUUUAGUGGUGUUUGAAAACUGAAGUCCCCCAUCUUUCUGCUCCCCUCAAUAUAUAAGAGCAGAACAAGUCAUAAUAUUAUUCUUGACAAGAGCCUCAAUUAAUGAGUUGGAAACUGGGUGAUUUCAUUGGUAAAAUGGGAAAAGUUCCUCUGCAGUAAUAUUCUUCAUUUUUCCUCCCCAGCACUUUAUAGGUUCACUCAAAGUAAUCUCUCGGGCAAAAACCCAUAUGGCAGAUGUGUUUGAAAUUUCUGUGCUAACAUCUUUUUCACUACUGUAGCAAGCGUGACAAGGGGCGGAUCCUCAGCAAAUUUAAAUGAGCCCAGGGCCAUUUUGUUUGACGAAGCUUUGAGAAUUUACACCAGCAGAGGGUUUUCCCCACAAGCUGAAGAAAUGGUUGGUUGCUGCCGUUUGCUCUGGGUCUCCUUUAGGAUGCAAGUUCCAGAUGUUGGUUUGGAAACUGCAGGAACUGUUCCUUUGAGUAACUUUUAAGACAGUUCUUUCCAUGCAUGGGAAGGAAGAUGUUUUCAUGCUACUGGCUCUAAAGGUGUUUUCUGUGUGGAGACAAUGCAGGAAUGGACUGUUGCAAAAGAAGUGAAGCUGUGACGUUUCAGCAGGCAGCUGGAGCUACUAAUCCUGUCUCAAUGUGCUAACUGUGUAUUCAGCAAACUAUUGGCAUUUAGGGAAAGGUUUUAAUGCUUCCCCUCAGCCAUUAUCACCUUUGCCAUUUUCUGCAGCCUGUAAUUCUAGGUCUGAAAAACUCUGAGAAAUUAAAAAAAUGGUCCUGAUACUUCCCUCCCUCCCCCCCUGCAGUUUUCCUAAAAUUAUCCUUACUUCAGACUGAAAUUACUGGAGAACAAAAAUAUAGUAAUGCACUAAGUCUCACUUUAUAUUUUGUCACAGCUUGUAACUGUUUAUAUGAACACUGUGUAAAAAUACAGAUAAAUGUUAUUCCCCAAAAGUAGAAAUAUGUGGGAUAUGCACUGAGAAAAUUACCAGUCUGAGGAAACAGAAGGCCAUAAUAUGAACCUAGUUCAUCACAAUAAACUUUUCCCCCCAUUUGGAAGCUGAGAAUGAAAUGGGUAAUAGAUUCUAUAGUAGGUCCUGAGGGCAGGUUUUUUAUGGGUAUUGCAUUGCCAAAGCCUCAAAUAGACUAUUACGGUAUUUUGGCUUCUCAAUAUAUCCCUUUUUAUUAGCAGAUUAUAUUAUUAUAAAUCUAAGCAAGUGUUUGAGUGUAGUAGUGAUCCAAAUAUGUCUCAGCUGUUGCAUCCUCCAUCAUUGUUUUGACUUGAGAAGCCAUUAGCACCUUCAUAUGAAGUUUGGUUUGUUUUAUUCAUAUUUAAUUUUGUUUUAUAUACUUCUCAGCUGAACUAAGGGGCACAGUGUGCACUAGGGUGAAGUGUUUAUGCUCAGCAUCACAGCAGAGCUCUGCAGUUUGCUGAAGUCCAUGGUUAUACUAGAGCUACAAUAUCUAUUAACUUCUUUGCUCAGUAAGGUAGAGGAAGAAAAAUAUGUGUUGCAGAUAUCUGCACUAACCUUUGUCUGAGGCUGACUUGUUUUGAUUGGCAUUAAUACAGCUAAUUCAGUAAAUCUGUUAGCAGUGGUUAUUGUCAAAAGCCUGUCUUGCCCAGCUGGCCUCUAUUUUUCUGCAUUUAAGGAGGGACAGGCAGGCUGUUCUGGGACUCUUUCACUUUAGGCAGAAUAUUUGCAGCAGUCAUCUCCUGGGUGUUUGGUACCUUGUGGUGUUAUGGGUCUGGCAGAAGCAACGACUGAUUUUUCUUCUGUCAGGUGUCUGCCUCAUCUCAGGAGGUGUUUAAGAAACCCAUUCAGCUCAAUAUGAGCUAUUGUUUUGAAUGGCCUAAGUGAUGAACAGCCACAUUAGAAGUCAUCUUUCCUGCUAGUGAGUCUGUACUAUAUCUGGUAUGGUGCAAAUGAUCUUUUGGCCUUACUGAACCUGUUAACAUAAAAAGGUCAAGCUACAGCUUUGUCUCCAUUGCAGACUCUUGGAUUUCCAUCUGAGGCCUGCAAGACUGGCCAUUAGCUUUCAUCGGAAUUGGAUCGACAUCACAGGGAAUUAAUUCCACAGAAAUAUUGCCACACUGAAAGGAAGUUACUCUGUUUAAUGCAUGGCUUUCAGUUUGAACCUGACAAUUAGUGCAGCCUAAGGCUGAGUAAUUACUCUGUUCAGUCUCAGACUGAUGUUUGUAGGCCUUGAUGUCAGAAUAUUUAAAAAUAGGCUGCAGCUCAAUGGAAGUUUGGGUUCUCUGACUUUCCCCCCCCCCAUCAAAUUCUAACUUCCUAUUCUAUUGCAACAUGCCAAAGCAGAAACACCCUGGCUUUCCCCUUUCUUCUGCAUUGUUGGAUGUCCUUGAGUAUAACCUACUGAACAAAUCCUCUCAAUGCUUAAGACUCAUUUGCUAAUAUUUUCUACGAAUGCUACAGCAGGUUAUAGUGAGUAAACAUAUACUGGCUUUAAUUCUUUAGAAAUCUGGGCUAUAAGUAGUAUAACUGUAAUUUUGGCAGGGGAAUGGAGAUGAGGAACAGUUGGUCUAAGGUGUUGUGAUGCUCAGUGUCCAGCUAGCAGAAGGACUGGAGCUUUAAAUAACCCAUGAGGUACAUUGGCAUCGUGUGAGGAACCAGGUUUCACAUGUCUCUGAUCUCUGCUUCCCAUAGCUAGCACCUGCAGUCACUGAAAUGCUUCCAACUCUUUGGAUCACCUAGGAUGCUGACACAUCACUAACAUUUACUACAGGGCAGUAUUUAGAUAUUAUCUGUGUUUCUUUCACAAAGGACCAUCAGGGUUGGGGAUAUUUUAUAUUUUAACCAGAAAUCAAUAAGAACAGCUAUUUUUGUAGUGUUUGCCUUAUUUACGAAGUGACGCGUUUGCUGAAACCAACAAACUUUAUCUUUGCAUUCAUCUUUCUCAUACUACUUGUAUUGUUUUCAGUAAAUGCUACUUGAUGCAAUUGUGGAUUCAAACACCCGUUGAAGUCAACGGAAGUCUUUUAACUGAAAAAAUGGGGUCUGCAUCAAAGUCUCUCAGAAUAAAGGAGAGGCAGGAAAAAAAAAAAGAAAGGAAUAGUGGUAAUGAGCAGAUAAAAAAAGCACUGUAGAAAAUUCUUGAUGCUAGUAAGCAAGCAACCUGCAAUGCUUGCUUAUACCAACCAGAAAA